AUGACCACGGCUUUACCGACCCUUCCGCGCGCGUCUCUAACCACGAACAGCUUCGAGGAGAAAGAGAAUGGCGACCUACCUAUCCAAUCCCCAUCUAAUGACUAUAUACCUCCUCUCGGACAGCCAUUGGACGAUGGUACCGAUCGGGUAUUCCAGGGCGUUACGAACCGGUGGCUCGACGAAAUCGCUACUCAGCCUUCGGUGUUCGACGACCCUUUGACCCUUGAGGUUUACCGCCCUCCGCCGCAGUACGAGAAUGCGCAUCGUUUCGACCCUCUCGCUCGAUGGACUUGGCGGGAGGAAAAGGCCAUCGUUCGGAAGAUCGACUGGAGAGUCAUGGCUUGGGCGUUUGUGAUGUUUGCCUCUCUGGAUCUGGAUCGGUCGAACAUAUCGCAAGCGAACAGCGACAACCUUCUCGGGGACUUAGGCAUGACGACCAACGACUAUAAUAUCGGGUUCAUGCUCUUCCGAUUAGCAUUCUUCUGCGCUGAACUCCCGUCGCAAUUGAUUUCGAAGAGGGUUGGUCCGGACGUUUGGAUCCCUACGCAGAUGGUACUAUGGAGCAUCGUAUCCUGUAGUCAGUUCUGGAUCACAGGAAAGAGCACCUUCCUAGCGACACGGGCUCUACUCGGCCUACUUCAAGGCGGCUUCAUCCCAGACGUCGUUCUCUACCUCUCGUACUUCUACACCAAAAGGGAGCUCCCGAUGCGUCUCGCUUUCUUCUGGGUGUCGAACUAUCUUGCGGAGAUAGUGGGCGCGUUUAUGGCGACCGGGAUCCUCCAAUUGCGCGGGUUGCAUGGGAAGUCCGGAUGGAGAUAUCUAUUCUUGAUUGAGGGCCUCAUUACGCUUAUUAUCGGCGUCGCAUCGUUCUUCAUGAUGCCUCCUGGUCCCACUCAGACUAGGACAUGGUACAGGCCUAACGGUUGGUUUACUGAGAGAGAGGAGAUAAUCGUGGUCAAUAGGGUCCUACGAGACGAUCCAACGAAAUCGGAUAUGCAUAACCGCCAAGGACUCUCGAUGAAGAUGAUAUUCUGGUCAUUGUGCGAUUGGCAAUUGUGGCCCCUAUAUAUCUUAGGCCUCACUUUCGGGAUCCCCACCAGUCCUCCUCAGCAAUAUAUGACCCUCACGCUGAAGAAUCUCGGUUUCACGACCAUCCAAACCAAUCUCCUCACGAUCCCCGCGAGCGUCCUCGGCGUCAUCGGGAUGCUCACCGUCACUUUCGUCAGCGAGCGAAUGAACAGUCGCGUCAUCCCCACAGUCUUCCAGCAGAUAUGGGUCCUACCACUCGUCAUCUCCCUGGAAUCCUUCACGUCACAGACGUCGCAGUGGGUCUACUACGCCGUCGUUUUCCUCGUGGUCGGAUAUCCGUAUGCGCAUCCGGUGCAGGUCGCGUGGGCGUCGAGGAACUCGUAUAGUGUGAGGACGAGGACAGUUUCUGCGUCGGCGUAUAAUAUGUUCGUGCAGCUUAGCUCUGUUAUCUCUUCCAAUAUAUACCGCGCCGAUGACAAACCUCUCUACAAGCGUGGAAAUCUCGUGUUGAUCGUUGUCUGUGUCUUCAACAUCUGCUUCUACGCCUUCACAUUCUUCUUCUAUCGCACCAUAAAUCGGCGAAGAGAUGCCAUCUGGGCUUCAAUGACACCAGAGGAGCAAGCGGAUUACGUCGAGAACACGAAGGACGAGGGUAAUAAGCGCCUAGACUUUCGCUUCGCUUACUAG